UCAAUCGUCUAAUUUCAUUAUCAAAGAUAUAAAAAAAAUAACUCUAAUUUUUCAGUAGAUAUUUUAGGUUAUAUUUUGUUGUUAACAAAUUGAAUAAAUUAGAAACAAUUCAAUUUUUUGUCAAUAGUCAUCAUUAAACGCGUUAUUAAAAGGUUGGUACGUUGUUUGGAAGUGUUGCCUAUCAAAGUUUCGCUUUGUCCGUGAACUUAUAGGUGGCAUGUCCGAAACCCCACCAGCGUCAGAAGUUAGACAACCCAAAGGAAGAAAGACUAGAAAAGACUAAUCACCAUUUUUGUAACUACAACUAGGAAUAAUUAUAAUACAAAAAUGAAUAUCCGUUGCGCUCGGCCUAGCGAUCUUAUGAACAUGCAACACUGCAACCUUUUAUGUUUGCCAGAAAAUUAUCAGAUGAAAUAUUACUUUUAUCAUGGACUAUCAUGGCCCCAACUAAGUUAUGUUGCUGAAGAUGAGAAGGGACAUAUUGUUGGGUAUGUUCUUGCAAAGAUGGAGGAGGACGGUGAGGAUAAUAGACAUGGCCAUAUCACAUCUUUGGCUGUAAAAAGAUCGCACAGACGUUUGGGUCUUGCCCAGAAGCUAAUGAACCAAGCAUCAUUGGCUAUGGUUGAAUGUUUUCAGGCUAAGUAUGUAUCUCUGCAUGUAAGAAAGAGUAACAGAGCUGCGCUCAACUUAUACACAAACUCAUUAGGGUUUAAAAUACUGGAAAUUGAACCCAAAUAUUAUGCAGAUGGAGAAGAUGCAUACUCUAUGAUGAGAGACCUAAGUUCCUUCUCCGAGAGCAAAGAAAACCAGCCAUCAGAUAAUAUGGAAAUUAAAUCAGAAUCAGCCAUUGUUUCACAGUGCUAAUUUUGUAAUUAAUGUUUAUUCUCAAUAAAUUUAUCUUAUGAAA